GUCUCUAAGACUAAAAAUCCAACAUUAAAACCAAUUCGCCCAGGUAGUUGGUAUAAUGACCAUAAAAAUGAUUUCCUUCUCUGGGAUGAUGAAAUCAACCCAGUGAAUAGCUUCGUUCAAGCUUUUGUCAAAUAUUUCGCAACCUCAGAACGUAAGUAUCAAUGGCAAGUAGACUCUGACCGACAGCUACCCAUGACUUACGUGGUAAAAAUGUUUUUAGAAGGUCUUCACGGUAAAACAGCCGCAUUAAUAUCUGUAGAAGACUUUGAAACAUUGGAUGAUGCGAUUGUGAAAGCCCAAAAGAUUCAAGCUAAGACCUACUAUAAAAAUAAAGAUAACCUCGCCAACCUCGACAAACCAACAAAGGUGGUAUUUUAUGCUACAAUUGUAGUGAAAGAGGCUAUAUCGCUCGAAACUGCCAUUCCGAAUGAUGUCAAACCCCUUGAAAGACCUCUAAAGGUUAAGAAAAAGGGUAGCUUUAGAGCAAAAUCAGGAACUAGCACCAACCAAACUGUCUCUAUAGAUAAAAUUAUCCAAGAACAGACCCAAACCCCAACCCAAACAGAAAUAGCUAAAAGACCAAGAUAUAUCCAAGAACUCUCUACGAUUGAUCUG